CCACCGGGCACCGCUUCCCCAUCCCCCCCCCCCCCCUCUUGCUCCUCCGUGCCCGCCACCUGUUCGACGGAUCGACGGAGCCGCCGCUGCCGCCACCAUGAUCCAGCUCCUCUUCACGCUGCUGGCCGCGGAGGCGGCUUUGGUGCUCGUGCUACUCUUCCGCACGCCGGCCCGCCGCCUCGCGCUGCUCGCCCUCGACCGCGCCAAGCGCGGCCGAGGGCCCGUCAUGGUCAGGACGGUCGCCGCCACCAUGAUCGUCGUGCUCGGCUCCAGCGGCUACAGCAUCGCCAAGAUCCGCCGCCGGGUCGGGGAUCUCGGCCAGCUCACGCCCACCGACCAGGUGCUCGCCAGCCGCCAUCUCCUCGAGGCGUCCCUUAUGGGAUACUCUCUGUUUCUCGGGAUAAUUAUUGACCGGCUACAUCACUAUAUCAGGGAAUUACGGACUAUGAAAAAAAACAUGGAGGCAGUAACAAAGCAGAGCAGGGUCUUAGAAGAAGCAAAACAUGGAAGCGUUGAGGGGAUUCAACAAUACCAGAAAGAGAUUUCCAGUCUGAAUGAGCAAGUGCAAGAACUCAAGCGUCUGUCCGAAAAGAAAACUGAGGAACUGAAAACAGCUGAAGCGAACGCCUUGGCUUUACAGAAGCAAUCUGAAGGUUUGCUUACGGAGUAUGAGCGUCUCAUUGCGGAGAAUGAGCAGUUCAGGAGCCAACUGCAGUCAAUGGACCUCCGCAUGUCACAUUCUGAUGGCAAAAAGAAUACAUAACUACACAACUGUGUGAUGCGUGGAGUUUUUCUUACUGUAAAUUUUCCUCCUGUCAUGAAUAUCAAAUGCUGCUGAUGUACUGUGUUGUAUUGAAUAUAUAGGUAAUACUACAUAUGGAUGAAAUAUAUCAGAGAGAGAGAGAGGGACUGUGUGUGUGGAUAAGUAAUACUGCGACCGUAGUUGUUUACCCAAAAGGAUAUAUUGCCUAUGACUACAGUGCUGACAUCAAUUUCUUUCUUCAUGUAUUGCUACUUUGGAAAUAAUAGCAAAUCAUUUGGCCUCAUUGUUUCUCG